GGUCUAACAUGAUCGCAGAGCUCGCUGUCUCCAGUGCUGCACGGAGUCGGGCGCCGCUCAGCGCCGGAGCAUUUCAUACGGAAUAGGCAGCGGCACGGCUGAGGCGUGCUCAGGGGUCCCCCGAGGCAGGAGCUGCAGAUUCACUGUCCCCGGAGCGGAGCGCUUUACUAAACGGUUAUAAUGUGCGGGAGCGCCGGUGCGGGAUCGCUGCUCCUCUGCCUGAUCGCCUUUGUCCAGCAGCCGGCUCACGCUUCGGGGAGCAAAGCCGCUCAAGAUGUGGAUGAGUGCACGGAAGCACUGGACAACUGCAACAUCGAUGCUAUCUGCCAGAACACGCCAAAGUCCUACAAGUGCAUCUGCAAGUCGGGCUACACAGGGGAUGGCAAGCACUGUGAAGAUAUCGACGAGUGUGAGAGUGAGUACAACGGUGGAUGCGUUCAUGACUGCAUCAACAUUCCUGGGAAUUACAGGUGCACGUGUUACGAUGGCUUCCGGCUGGCGCACGAUGGACACAACUGCCUGGACGUGGAUGAGUGUUCGGACGGGAAUGGCGGCUGUCAGCAGAUCUGCGUCAACAUGAUGGGCAGCUAUGAGUGCCGUUGCCGGGAUGGCUUCUUUCUGAGUGACAACCAGCACACCUGCAUCCAGAGGCCCAAAGAAGGACUCAAGUGCAUGGACCGGAACCACGGCUGUGCCCACAUCUGCCGGGAGACGCCCAAGGGCAGCGUGGCCUGCGAGUGCCGGCCGGGCUUCCAGCUCACCAAGAACCAGAAAGACUGCAAGCUGACAUGUAACUACGGCAACGGCGGCUGCCAGCACACGUGCGAGGACACGGACCAGGGACCCCGGUGUGGAUGCCACAUGAAGUUCGUCCUGCAUUCUGACGGCAAGACCUGCGUAGGGGAAAGGACUGUGCAGCUGCUGGCCAUGCCUCAUCUCGUGCCCAAUGAUUCACGAGCAAGAGGCUUGAAAACACAGGAGCAAGAGCACUUUGGGGAAACCUGCGCGGUAAACAAUGGCGGAUGUGACAGUACAUGUCAUGAUGCCACGACAGGGGUUCGCUGCAGCUGUCCUGUUGGCUUCAUCCUGCAGCCCGACCGAAAGACCUGCAAAGAUAUCGACGAGUGCCGGCUGAACAAUGGAGGGUGUGACCACGUAUGCCGCAACACGGUGGGCAGCUUCGAGUGCAGCUGCAAGAAGGGCUACAAGCUGCUGACCAAUGAGAGGAGCUGCCAGGAUAUCGAUGAGUGUUCCUUUGACCGAGCCUGCGAUCAUUCCUGUGUCAACUCACCCGGGAGCUUCCAGUGCUUCUGCCACCGGGGCUACGUCCUGUACGGCCUGGCGCACUGCGGAGAUAUCGACGAGUGCAGCAUCAACCGCGGCGGCUGUAAGUUCGGCUGCAUCAACACGCUGGGCAGCUAUGAGUGUACCUGCCCCCCCGGGUUCAAGCUGCACUGGAACAGGAAGGACUGCAUUGAGCAGGUGAAGUGCGUCUCCAGCUUGGUGUCCUCCAAGGCGACUCUGACGUGCAGCAAAGCUGGGAAGAAGGAGAGCUGCUUCCUGACCUGCGCCUCCAAAGCUCACUACCUGGCAGAGUCCGACAGCAGCUACAGUGUGAGCUGUGGGAUCCCCGCGGUCCGCGGCAAAGCCCCCGGCAAGAUUGACAGCGGCGCCAGCCCCACCUGCACCGAGACUCUGCCACCCCCGGUGAAGCAGACUGCCUCCUUCAGGAUCAAAGAUGCAAAGUGCCACCUGCACCCCAAACUGAGAGGUCGAGCGGAUGAGGGGGGGCGCACGCUGGGUCCAGGGAGCGGGCAGCCCUGCAAUAACUGCCUGGUCACCUUUGUCAACCUCAAGUGUGACUCCUCCAAGAAAGCCAAGGGCCGGCGCGCCCGUAACCCCAGUGGCAAGGAGGUGACCCGCAUCACGCUGGAGCUGGAGGCUGAGGUCAAGCCAGGAGACAGCACAGGUAGCUGCAACUUGAGCUGCCUGAGGCAGCGCAUGGAGAAGCAGGUUAAGACCUACAUCAAGGCCCUCAAGAAGUCCAUCAACCAGGAACGCUUCCUGCUACGCAUGGCGGGCCUGGAGUACGAGGUGGCCCAGAAGCUGCCGCAGCCGCCUGAGCGCCAAGAGAACUGUGGCCCGGGUCGUGAGAAGGACAACGGGCGCUGUGUUAGAUGCCCCGCCGGGUCGUACUACCACGGCGAGCAGGAGCGCUGUGUCCUCUGUCCACCAGGCACCUUCCAGGAGAGGGAAGGCCAGCUGGCCUGUGACCUGUGCCCAGGCAGCGACGGACACGGCCUGGCCGGGGCCCGCAACAUCACCUCCUGUGCAGGUCAGUGCCCGAUGGGGUCCUACUCCAGCAACGGCUUCAAACCCUGUCAGCCAUGUCCGCAGGGUACCUAUCAACCGGACCCGGGCCGGACCCUCUGCUUCCCGUGCGGGGGCGGCCUGAGCACCAAACGGGAGGGUGCCAGCUCAUUCCACGACUGUGAGGCCAGGGUUCAGUGCUCCCCCGGUCACUAUUACAAUACGACGGUCCACCGCUGCAUCCGCUGCCCUCUGGGCACCUACCAGACUGAAUUUCGCCAGAACUACUGCAUCUCCUGCCCUGGGAACACCACCACGGACUUUGAUGGCGCCACCUCAGUCUCCCAGUGCAAGAACCGCGAGUGUGGGGGCGAGAUGGGCGAGUACACUGGCUACAUUGAGUCGCCUAACUACCCGGGCAACUACCCCGCCAAUGUGGAGUGCACCUGGAACAUCAACCCCCCGCCGAAACGCAAGAUCCUCAUCGUGGUGCCCGAGAUCUUCCUGCCGUCCGAGGAUGAGUGCGGAGAUGUGCUGGUGAUGAGGAAGAACUGGUCAGCCACCUCCAUCACAACCUACGAGACGUGCCAGACGUAUGAGAGGCCCAUCGCCUUCACUGCUCGCUCACGCCGCCUCUGGAUAAACUUCAAGUCAAAUGAGGCCAACAGUGCCCGUGGCUUCCAGAUCCCGUACGUCACCUAUGACGAAGACUAUGAGCAGCUGGUGGAGGACAUUGUGCGGGAUGGACGACUUUAUGCCUCAGAAAACCACCAGGAGAUCCUCAAGGACAAGAAGCUGAUAAAGACACUGUUCGACGUGCUGGCUCACCCCCACAACUACUUCAAGUACACUACCCGGGAGUCCAACGAGAUGCUGCCCCGCUCCUUCAUCCGGCUCAUUAGCAGCAAGGUCUCCGCCUUCCUGCGGCCAUAUAAGUAGUCAAUAACUCCGCCCCUUCGGUUCCAGGCCCCGCCCACAACAACGAAGGCUCCUGACACCUAGAACACAAAGGAACCUUAUUUCCCGAAUGGCUUUGAAUACACACUUCACUAUGCAGACUUCCCACCAUCGCCAGCCCAACAGUGUGGCCCUCGCAUUGUGAAAAACCUCGCCCUGAACGCUUUGGACUGUAUGCGACCCACCGGGAACCGGGGAAUGAAAACAGAACACCCAGCACCACCAGAGGAGGUGAUGAUGAUAACGAGUGUGGAUCCAAGCAGAGCGAGUGCAUUUAACAAGAGCUCUCUUGUUCUAUGACAGAUGGGCGCCAUCUAGUGUCCAGGCCCAGUUCUCCCCAUGGAUCUAAUCGCCGCCUGAAAACGGGGUCCUUUGUUCCAUCUCGCAUUUUUCACAGCAUUCAAACCCUUACUAUAUCUAAGCUCUUGGAGCAGUUUACUAUUAAGAUCUUGCUGUUAAAACAGUUAAAUUUCCUACCUGUUCUUUGUUCUGAUUGUAUUAUUGUCCAUUGCUUACUUUUAGAUCAAUAAUUUUAUAUUCCAAGUUUAACUUAUCAAAGUGCUAACCUCUUUGUGAAUAAAAAGUCUGGGGAAAAGGAAUUAGGGAGAGAGAGGGAAAGGAGGAGAGGUGGUGGGCCAUAGCGGCAGCACACCACCAGGGGGAGCCUGACAAAUGUCUCUUUGGGACACACGUUCGCUGCUGACUUAAAAAGGUCACUUUAAAAUAAGUAAUUAAAUAAAAAUAAAAAAAAACCGCCUCCCGGCCGCCAACCUCGUCUGUUACAGCACCCCCCCCCCCAAUACGAAGCUACAUCAUUCGGUUAAGAGCAAAAGAGCUGCUGGAAAGACUGUGCUCCUGCGAGGGGGAGGGUCCACUGCAGUGACUCUCACACUCCCCCUGCAGGACACAUCGGAGAUGGAGAUUGACACCUGGGUCUAAGGAUUUCUGUCCCUAAAACAUCCAAGGGUCGAUCUGACCCUACCUCCGGCCCCCAACAAUUAAACCAUUAAAAUGAGCUCUUCCAAAGACUUCCCCGGUGGUAGGACACAUUCUUGUGGUAUGCACUAGAUUUAGACGUCCCAUCUUCAUCGUUUAAGUGCAAUGAAUUUAGGCUCUAGUUCUUGUCUGUGCAAACACGCCAAGAACGAUAUUUAAACUUGCCAAAACUGUACAAUUUAUUUAAAGUUCGAAUAGGAUAUAUUCUUAGGCUACUUUGAAAUGUAGCGACUGGCUUAUGGUUUGUGUUAAGGUGUUACACUAUACUGAAAAUUCAAUAUUAAACCUAUUGUAAAUGCAAUUUCAUACAUAAGAACAAACUCCCAGCCUCAUCAUUAACAAACAAGUACGUGCUUUAAUGAGAGCGCGCGUGCACGUACGCACGCAUGCGCAGGUCAGCGCAGGUGCUGCUUGGGUGGAGAUCCCUGCACUGAAAAGCUGUGGAUGUUCAUGAUGCCCCCCGUCAGAGGCGCGCACUCAGAGGUCCUUUCCUCAUGCGACAUGACAGUGUUUUACCUGCUUUGUUUAUCUGUGCCGUGCGUCACCCUUACAAACACCCCGCCCCCGAUCGCCCUUCCUCACCAUUUUUGUUUUAAAAUAGCUUUUUUUAUAAUGAGACUUUGCCAUGAUGUGUCGUAGAGUCGAUAAUGAUAUUUGCACUUGAAAAUUGUUAUUGCUCAUGUAAAGAAAUGUCCGGAUUUUGUAUUGUCUUUUUUAAAUGAAUGUUAUCGGUGUUCUUAA